AUGUCCAGCUGCCUAGCGAGUCGUUCCAGUCGACCCUGCUCUCGGCCAUGGCCUUCAUGGCCGUCAAAUCCCCAGACCAGUAUCACACUCACCGAGCCGAACCUGUUCCUCGAGAUCACCGGCUUCCUGGCUUACCUUGAAGGCUACACUCGCCAGCAGGCCCGCCUCUUGAUGAACGAAGCCGCCAUCUCCGCCGUCGCUCCCUGGACGAAGGCACUAAAUAAGGUCUCUGCAACCACGAUGGAACGCCUCUCCAAGCUCCAAGGCCACCCGAUUCUGGAAGAGCUCAACCACCGCUCGGCGAACGAGUAUAACAUCGAUCCAUUUAAGUGCGAGAUCCAACAGACCACCUUGCGAAACUACAUGCAGGCGUAG